UCGGCAGGUCGAAGUAGUGCUGCGGCUAAGGCUAGGGCUGAUCACGAACGGGCUGCCCGCUGGGGUUGUUUGGCUGAUAGGCAGAAAUGAGGGCCCGCAUCAUCUCAGCCUCGAUUUGCCUGUUUGUAGGCACUUUCAGGCAGGCAGCAAUGGUUUUGAGUGUGAUUUGCAGUUCGGUUCAGCCUCACUUGCUUAUGAGUGUCGGUGAGCGUCCUUUUGGAAGAUGCGUGGGUGGGGAGAUGACAGGUGGUUUAAGCAUAAAUGUGAACUCAUCACGCAGCUACAUCGAGAUCUGUCACCAAAGGUCCUUCAGCGAACAAGUGACGAACGUCUCUAGUGUGAUUCAGCUGGCCAGAGGCAUCGGCGCAUUAGCUACGGGUACCUGCGGAGGUGUCACCGUUUUGAGUGGGUGUGACGGCCUACGUCUUGUAGUUCUACCAGUCCGCCUCGCCGCAGCCUUAGCGGCUCCUGUUGUUACUCAUAUGUUGUUCUUUGUCUUCAAUUGGUUCUCUUCUCGCAUUCCCCAUGCGCGCAAAGCCUCUGGGCCCUACUAGCACCAUGCACCUGCCAAGUGCAGCCUCCUCAA